CGUGGUACUUGCGCUAGCUGGGAACCGUUUGCUAGCCAUUUCCGCAUUUUUCUCGUAAAUUUGCUCGUUUUAUCAAGAAGCAUUAUUAGUUAUUAAACCGAAGCCAAAGAAAACCAAAUACCGUGGCCAUAUAAAUGGAACCAAACAAUAGCAGUCGUUCAAACUGGGCGAUAAACCAACGAGUGGAGGGUUUAGCGAACAAACACGGGGAAAACAUGGCAUUGGGGACAGUUGAGAGGUGCUCCUCUCCUGUAUCUGAGGAAAUGCUACCACUGCCAAGCGACAAAAACUUAGAGGGCAUACCGGGACAAGGUGAGGUUAACUUUAACACGGAUUCAGAGUCAUUUAAAACUGCAGCAGUGACUGUUAAAUGCACGGAUGAGGAUGCAUCUUCAUUAUCAGAGAUGGCAGCCCAUAGACAAAUCAUAUCCCUCCUUAUUGAGAUAAAGGAGGAACAACAGAGGCAGUGGGCAGUGUUAAAAGACCUGCAGGCACGAGUUAACGGACAGGUGUGUGAGGAGGAGGAUGAGCCGCUUGAAAUAGAUCUACCAAUGAUGACAAUGGAACAGCUUGAUGAAACAGAACGACAUUUGGAACAUACUGAAGCACAGAAGAGAAUGGUGUCACAUCUAUCGCGUAUGGGAGGGGCCACAGUAGAUGAUGCAGUCCGGCGUCUUAUGCAUGCUGUUCUCUCUUAUAAUUUGGGCUCGGAACUCAACUGGGUUGGCAGGGGACAGAAAAGAAGCUUUAGAAACACCAGACUGCAGGGUGUUUUAUUUCGUGCUUUGAAGAGAACGCCUGUAGGAAAGGAGGCAACACACCACCAGUUUGCUGAUGUAGUGAAAAAAUGGUUGCGCUUUGCCCCUUUCAGACAAAGAGGGAGUGGAAAAAAACAGCAUUGGAAACCUAUUGAUUUCAUGUGUCCCAAGUAUGACAGUACAGUGGAGGUGGACUGUGACCAGCUUAACAUGGAAUCUGAGGAUGGUAAUGUUACAAUAUAGAAGGCACAUUUUAUAUGGGAAAGGGGACUUGAUCAAAGAGAUUAUGGGAGCUUGAAGGAUUGAAUGUGGUCAUAGGUAAUUUUCAUUUCAAAUUUUCGUUUUUAUAUACUGCAGUCUCUAACUUGACUACAUGCUACAAAAAUGUACAUGCAUAUUAUGUUUUAAUUAUUGCCAAGCUCACGUGAACAUAUUUCAAUACAUUUCCAGUUAAGAACUAUUGAAAAUCUUAUUUCAAGUUCCUGUUUGAAAAUGGUUUUGCAAACAGAAUGUGAUGAUUUCUGUAUGAAUUAGCACCAUUAUGUUUAAAAAAAAAUCUGAAAAGAGAUUUAUUAAACACUACAUCACAGAUUAGACACCAGUAACAGCACACUUUUGUAUCAAUGAAAUUUGUUUAAUUUCAUUUUUUUAAGUUGAAUUAUCGCAUAUAUGGAACUUAAACCUGUGUUCUGCACAAAAAUAAAUCCACUUCCUGUUGGGAUUUUUGUGAUAACAAU